AAUUCAUAUUCAUCUGUCUUCAAAUAUCUUCAAAAUGUCACUUAUACUUUUCAUGGCUUUCUUUGAUAGGGCUACAAUAGAGGAGGCAUAUUCAAGAUCAAUGACAAAACUAGCCAAAUCAGCGAGCAAUUACACACAAUUUGGGACAUUUGCACCAGUUUGGGAUAUUUUCAAAACCUCAACAGAAAAACUAGCAAGCUGUCACUUGGAUCUUGUGCGACGAUUACAAGAGCUAAUAAAAGAAGUUCAAAAAUAUGGAGAAGAACAAAUCAAGGCUUAUAAAAAGACUAAAGAAGAUGUUUCAGGAACAUUAGAAGCAGUACAAAAUAUUCAAAGUAUCACUCAAGCCUUACAGAAAUCAAAGGAAAACUACAAUGCAAAGUGUGUUGAACAAGAACGUUUGAAAAAGGAAGGAGCAACACAGAGAGAAAUUGAUAAGGCAGCAGUUAAAUCAAAAAAAGCUACAGAUACCUAUAAACUGUAUGUGGAGAAAUAUGCUACAUUUAAAAAUGAUUUUGAACAGAAAAUGACAGAAACCGCACAG